GAGAGAGAGAGAGGGAGGAGAUGGGGAAGAGCAGCCAAGACUCUGGGAAUUGCAAGAAGUACGGUGUUCCACUCUACGGGACUGCCUGGGUCCCCAAGAGCGCAAUCAGAUCUGAAGCAUCGGAAGACGUUGAUCGUCCGGAAAACGACUGUGGUGAAGUUUCCGGCGAAAAUCCUCCACCGCCAAUUGCCACCGAGAAUUAUCUGGUCCUCGCCGGAGGUGGCGGCGCAGGACGUAGCGGCAUUCCCAAUGCUCUUCUUCUUUCCUACUUUGAUUUCAACUCCAACUCCCUCUCCGAUCAGCCUGUGGCAAAGCUUGGAACUGGUGGUGAUUUGCCAUACAGAAUUGCUGUGCACCCUGGAGGGGAAGUUGGGGCACCAAUACCAGUUGAAAUUCUAGGAAUUGAUAUAAUCAUGGCUUUCUGGUCUGGUCUUCUAACAGCCAUGGUGGCAAAGCUUGGAACUGGUGGUGAUUUGCCAUACAGAAUUGCUGUGCACCCUGGAGGGGAAGUCAAGAGCAAUGAUGGUCAAAAGUUGAGUCUAAAAUCAUCUGAGAAACUUCUUCAUCAAUUGGAAGAUGUUGGACAACAAUUAGCAUUGACCUUUAAUGAUGGGGGUUCUGUUCUUGCUGUUGGUGGUGAGGAUGGCAAGUUGAGGGUUUUCAAAUGGCCUAGCAUGGAAUUUAUUCUUGAUGAGGCUAAUGCCCAUGCCUCUGUGAAGGAUUUAGAUUUCAGCCCCGAUGGAAAAUACCUUGUCUCUGUGGGAAGUGGUGGCCCUGGUAGGGUUUGGAAUGUUGACUCAUCAACUUCUAUAGCUUCUUUAACAAAGGAAAAUGAUGAGGUUUUUGGUUUCUGCAGGUUCUCACAAGCUAGUGACAAGAAUCUAGUUCUAUAUGUCACAGCGAUGCCAGGGCAAGGUGGAAGCAUUGUGAAAUGGAAUACUACCUCAUGGAAGAUGAUGAGCUCAAAGUGCAUUGUUCGAGACCCAAUUUCUGCUUUCAGUGUUUCAACUGACGGAAAGCUCCUUGCAGUAGGGACAAUUCAAGGAAAUGUUUUAAUUUUAAACUCCACCAGCAUGCGAGUGCAGACUAUUGUCAGAAAAGCACAUCUUGGCCUUGUGACAGCAUUAGCUUUCUCGCAGGAUUCAAGGUCUUUGGUCUCUGCAUCCUUGGACUCGAGUGUAAGGGUGACAAUUGUGAAGGAUGAGGAGAAAAAUGUAGAAGUCACCAUGAUUAGCCUGCAAGAGUUACAAUCAAAGACCAAGGUCCACAAGAAAGCUAGCAAGAUUAUAGCCUAA